GUCCUUCGGAACGACAUGUGGUGUUGGAUAAUUCUAGAAGUGUCAGAGAAACUUCAGUUCUAGCGCUACUGACGGCACAGGGUCUGAGUUUGACCACUAGAGCUCAUUUAAUUACCUCUAAGUGUCUAAACAAGAGCUGUCACUCAGCGUUCAUCUGAAUUUAGUGAUACAUAAGACAGAGAUGUUGUCAGCGGUGAGGAGUGUGUCGCGCUCUCAGAGGUCCUGCAGCGGUGUGUCUGAUCUCAUCCAAAAGGCAUGUUGGAGUGGGCCGAGUCUCCAGACGGCAUGCACACGGUGUUAUGCGUCCGAGACGAUCCGAGGAGCGGUCAUUGGCAUUGACCUGGGGACCACUAACUCCUGCGUGGCUGUGAUGGAGGGCAAACAAGCCAAGGUGCUGGAGAACGCUGAGGGAGCGAGGACCACGCCGUCAGUGGUGGCCUUCACAGCGGACGGAGAGAGACUCGUGGGAAUGCCAGCCAAACGCCAGGCUGUCACCAACCCCAACAACACGCUCUACGCCACCAAACGACUGAUCGGACGCCGCUACGACGACCCCGAAGUCCAGAAAGAUCUGAAGAACGUGCCGUAUAAGAUCGUGCGAGCGUCUAACGGAGACGCCUGGCUGGAGGCGCAGGGUAAACUGUACUCGCCCAGUCAGGCCGGAGCCUUCGUCCUCAUGAAGAUGAAGGAGACCGCAGAGAGCUACCUGGGUCACGCGGUGAAGAACGCUGUUAUCACUGUUCCUGCAUACUUCAACGACUCUCAGAGACAGGCCACCAAAGACGCCGGACAGAUCGCAGGUCUGAAUGUGCUGCGUGUCAUUAACGAGCCCACGGCUGCUGCUUUAGCCUACGGGCUGGACAAGACCCAGGACAAGAUAAUCGCAGUGUAUGAUCUCGGCGGGGGGACGUUUGAUAUCUCUGUCCUGGAGAUCCAGAAGGGUGUGUUCGAGGUGAAGUCCACUAAUGGAGACACGUUCUUGGGCGGAGAAGACUUCGACCAGCAUCUCCUCACACAUAUAGUGAAGGAGUUCAAGAGAGAGUCCGGCGUGGAUCUGACUAAAGACAGCAUGGCUCUGCAGCGGGUGCGAGAGGCGGCGGAGAAGGCCAAGUGUGAGCUGUCUUCCUCUCUGCAGACGGACAUCAACCUGCCGUACCUGACGAUGGACGCCUCUGGCCCCAAACACCUGAACAUGAAGCUGAGCCGCUCUCAGUUCGAGGGCAUCGUGGGGGAUCUGAUCCGCAGGACCGUGGCUCCCUGUCAGAAGGCCAUGCAGGACGCAGAGGUCUCCAAGAGUGACAUCGGAGAAGUGCUGCUGGUGGGAGGCAUGAGCCGCAUGCCCAAGGUGCAGCAGACGGUGCAGGAUCUGUUCGGCCGUGCUCCCAGUAAGUCUGUGAACCCUGACGAAGCCGUGGCCAUCGGAGCGGCCAUCCAGGGAGGCGUUCUGGCCGGAGACGUGACCGACGUGCUGCUGCUGGACGUCACUCCUCUGUCUCUGGGCAUCGAGACCCUGGGAGGAGUCUUCACCAAACUCAUCAGCAGAAACACCACCAUCCCCACCAAGAAGAGCCAGGUGUUCUCCACCGCCGCUGAUGGACAGACUCAGGUGGAGAUCAAGGUGUGUCAAGGGGAGCGAGAGAUGGCCACGGACAACAAGCUCCUGGGACAGUUCACCCUGGUGGGCAUCCCUCCGGCUCCUCGAGGUGUUCCUCAGAUUGAAGUCUGCUUUGAUAUCGAUGCUAACGGGAUCGUGCACGUCUCUGCUAAAGACAAGGGCACCGGCCGAGAACAGCAGAUUGUCAUCCAGUCUUCUGGUGGCCUCAGCAAAGACGACAUCGAGAACAUGAUCAAGAACGCGGAGAAGUACGCCGAGGAGGACCGCAGGAGGAAGGAUCGUGUGGAGGCGGUCAACAUGGCCGAGGGCAUCGUUCACGACACCGAGUCGAAGAUGGAGGAGUUUAAGGAGCAGCUGCCGGCGGAUGAGUGUGAUAAACUGAAGGACGAGAUCGCUAAAGUACGAGAGCUGCUCUCCAGGAAGGACACGGAGACGGGAGAAAACAUCAAGCAGGCGGCCACCAACCUGCAGCAGGCCUCGCUCAAACUCUUCGAGAUGGCCUACAAGAAGAUGGCGUCUGAGAGGGAAGGUGGCUCCGGCUCCGGCUCCGGCUCCGGCUCCAGCUCCGGGGGAGAGACCGGGGAGAAGAAGGAGGGCCAGCAGUGAAGCACAGUGCUGGAGUGUGUCUGGACUGAGUGGAGUGUGUUUCUCUGAGCAGCCCCUCUCACACACACACACACACACACACACACACGUGUCGCACAGGCUCCUCAGAAGUUCAGACAGAGUUACUGAGUCUGCUGAAGAUGAAGAAGUGUGUUUGAUUUGUCAUCCGGGGUUUAAAGUGAUCAUAGACACGACUCCAGUCACCCAGACACUCAUUCCUGCCUGCUAUCUUUGAUAAAGAUGUGAUUUAAUGCUUUGAUUUGGGACUGAAUGAGGCUGUCUGUAAGUAUUUAUAAUAUCAGGACACCAAUGUUUUAUGUUGAAAUGUCAUAGUAUCUGUUCUGUCCGUGGGUUGAGCUGGCUGAUGAGCUCAAUCGUAGAAGAAUAUCUGAUGUGGAGUUAAUAGUUCAGUGUAUUUGUCAUAUUAUCUCUGUUAUAAUUUGCUGAUUAUACCAGCGUUGUGAAUCAGGAGCGCAUGUGUCUCCAGGACAGACUGAACCCUGUUGAAGCAGACGCACAGACGGACAUCUACUGGAGUCUUCUGCUUGUUAUGUUAAAUCAGUCGUGUGUGUGUGUGUGUGUGUGUGUGAUAAUCUAACACGAGCCCAUCCGCUCUGCUUCACAGAUCAGUGUCACUGAGCUCUGAUGAAACUGAUUAUGAGGAAAUUGAAUGAUUUAAUAGGUUUAAAGAGAGAAAUAUUGCAAUGCAGUCUUUUAUAAUAAAAUAUUUUGAACUUGAAA